GAGAGAGAGAGAGAAUAGCUGUUAUUCCGCAUACGACAGCGAGCAGACAGACAGAGCCGCUAGCUAUGCGACAGAAUAACGACAAGAUGUUGAGUGUGGCUGUGCUGUGUGUGUGUGCCAUCGCCGGUGGAGUGUCGGCGCGCUCGGACAGCUGGAAUUUUCUGGAUGACAAGUGGUUAACAGCACGAUGGGACAAAUUCCGGGAUGAAGUGGAGGAGCCCGGAACAUGGAAUCCUGGGAAACCAUUUGAUCAAGGCCUGGACCCAGAUAAAGACCCCUGUCUGAAGAUCAAGUGUAGCCGUCACAAAGUGUGUGUUGCAGAAAACUACCAGACUGCUGCCUGUGUUAGCCAGCGGAGAGUCAGUGUGAAGGAAGCAGGCCUGUCUCUGAGUCCAGGGGCUAAAUGUAAACGCUGUCCAGUGGUUCAUCCCUCUCCUGUCUGUGGUACUAAUGGACACAGCUACUCAACCAAGUGUGUGUUGGAGUACAAGGCGUGUAUCUCAGGGAAGCAGAUAUCAGUCAAGUGUUCUGGUCCGUGUCCCUGUCCUGCUGCUCUACAUGAAUACAGCACCGCAGAAAAGACAGAGUGCAGUGUGUCAGACCUAAAGGAGGUAGUGGGUCGGUUAAAAGACUGGUUCAGAGUUCUACAUGAGAACGGAAACAGCCACAACAAGAAAAUCAACAUACACACACCUCAGAAAAACAAGUUCAGCUCAGGGGCGGGGCCUAUCUGUAAGGAUCCUCUUGGUUGGAUGUUCUCCCGCCUCGACACAAACUUUGACCUCCGGCUGGACCGAUCAGAGCUUAGCAGGCUGGGGCUGGACAGGAAGGAAGGCUGCUCCGACGCGCUCUUCGCUUCCUGCGACACACACGCCGACACACUCCUCCUCUCCAGUGCAGAGUGGUGCACCUGCUUCCAGAGAUACACAGACUCCCCCUGUUGGUCUGAACUGACCAGUAUUAACAAGAAACAGGCUGGGGAGAAGCUACUGGGUCAGUACCUGCCGGUGUGUGAUGCAGAGGGCUACUACCGGUCCCAUCAGUGCCACGGCAGCAGCGGACAGUGUUGGUGUGUCGAUCGCUAUGGCAACGAGGUCGCAGGGUCACGGACCCACGGAGCGGCGGACUGCGGGGUGGUGUUGGAAUCAUCUGGAGAUCAGGGCAGCGGAGACUCUCUCUUCUCUGACGACGACUAUGACAAUGAUGAAGAUGAUGCCUUCGUCCUGAGCGACCAGUCCCAGAUCGAUGAUGAAGAUGAUGAGGAUGACUAUGACGGAGAGGAAAGAUAUCUGUCAUAACUCCAUCACUCUGCACAUCGCUAGGGGACUACAGCAGCAAUAAUAGUUGCUAGGCGACCUCUACACCACUAACAGACUAAAGACAUUUCUCUCUCUCUGGUUGCGUCUCAAAUGGCAUCCUGUUCCCUGUGUAGUGCACCAGGUCCCAUAGGGUUCU